GUACGCAACCGCUGACAUAAUAACAAACAAAAUGGCGAAAAACAGAAGAAUAAGGUUUGAUUUGAGGACUUUGAAAGUUAUUUCAGUAAUCUGUGGUUAAAAUGGAAGCUCAUACCAAAGUUGGGAGCGCUUUUGAUAUGUUGAAGGGCGAUCAAGAAGAUGUUGUGCCGAAGCGCAAACAAAACUGGGGAGAUUGGGGAGGGUAUAUGAAGGCCAAGAAUCAGAAACUUGAACAACAGUUUAGAGAAGACACCAAAGAAGUUGUGGCUGACAGGGGUCAGACAAGCUUGUUGUUCCAAGGAGUGUCAAUUCAUGUCAAUGGAUAUACUGUGCCUCCUGCGGACGAGUUGCGACGUUUGAUUGGCCAAUAUGGGGGACGAUAUGUACAUUAUUACUCAAGGUCUACCGUGACUCACAUUAUCGCCACCAACCUUCCAGACUCCAAAAUAAGGGAACUUAAGGACAAGAAAGUGGUGCAGCCCAACUGGAUCCUGGACAGCAUCAAACAAGGCAGGCUUCUUCCUAUCAAUAACUACCUGCUAUGCAGCGGACGGAAGCCAUCACAGGCAGCGCUCAGGUUCUCCACCACUGAUACCACUACGACCAACACCGCUACCAGUAAGAACCCAGGGUUUUCCAGGAAAGAAAGCCUACACGGAAAUGCUAUCUCAGAUACGGCUACGACCAGGGAGGAGGUGUUAUCAAAGGUCCUAAACACGCACGAGGGAACAGUUACCACUGCAGGUAAAUCUGAUCUAGAUGUGAUGUAUUCUCCUGGAAGAACUGGAUCACCUGGAAAGAACUCAAGUGCUUUUGAUAAAUCACCUGGGAUGUCCAAAGUGCACGUGAGUAUUUCAGAAACAUCACCUAGGAAGCAAAGAAGAGCAGGAGAUCCGAACUUUGUCUCGGACUUUUACCAUAACUCUCGCCUUCACUACUUAUCAACGUGGGGCGCGGAGUUCAAACAGUUUACAGCAAAUCUAAUCAAAGAUCGCGUCUCAAAGGGUAUUGGACCGAAUAAGCGGUCCGGCCCGGGGGUAUACGGUCGCGUUAUCAUGCACAUCGAUAUGGACUGUUUCUUUGUGAGCGUGUAUGUGCGUGAUCAUCCUGAGCUGGAUGGGAAGCCUGUGGCGGUAUGUCAUGCCGGGAAAUCGGGCGAUCAGGUGACGACAUCUAAAGUGACAUCUCCAGAUAAGUCGUCCGCGUUCUUCAACUCCAUGUCUGAGAUCGCGUCGUGUAGCUACGCAGCCCGAGAAUGUGGUGUCCGGAAUGGUAUGUUUCUCGGCCAGGCCCGUAAGCUAUGUCCGGACAUCACGUGCGUCCCAUACCUGUUUGACAAGUAUCGCCAAGUCUCGCAGCGUCUUUACGAGAUACUUGUUAGCUAUUCGCACGACAUCGAGGCUGUCAGCUGUGACGAGGCGUUUCUAGAUGUCACGCAUUCUCUUGACGCGGGCACGGAACCUAUGGCCCUUGCUCAGCAGAUCCGCGCUGAAAUCCGAGCCGCCACUCGCUGUAACGCGUCAGCGGGCAUCUCCAGUAAUGUUCUGCUUGCCCGGAUGUGCACCAGGAUCGCAAAGCCUGAUGGGCAGUUCUACCUUAGUCGCGAAGAUGACGUGAUCCAGUUCAUGGCGUCUCAGAAAGCCAAGGAUCUGCCCGGCGUGGGCUGGGCACUAAGUAAAAAGCUUAACGAUAUGGGAGUGGAGACGUGCGCUGACCUACAAAAGCUGAGCUUGCAGGCUCUUCAAAAAGAGUUUGGCCCAAAGACGGGCCUAUCCCUACAUCGCUCUUGUCGAGGCGUGGACGAUAGGCCCCUACGCGUGGAACGAGAGCGUAAAUCCGUGUCUGCCGAGAUCAACUACGGCAUUAGAUUUACACAGGAUUAUGAAGGAGUGAAAUUCAUCGAGGAGCUUGCUGGAGAAGUUCACAAGCGACUUCGAGAAGUUGGGUUAAAGGGGAGAUGUAUCACACUCAAGCUUAAGGUACGACAGGAAGGUGCGCCUAUGCCUCGAAAGUUCAUGGGUCACGGAAUCUGUGACAAUGUCUCACGCUCGGCCACCCUUGUCGAGCCCACGGAUGAUAACAGCGUCAUAGCAAGGGAGUGCCUGAAUCUAUUAAAAACGCUAAACAUACCUGCGCAUGACUUCAGGGGAUUGGGGAUUCAAGUAAGCAAGCUGACCAAUAGUAGUGCUGGCUCAAAGACAUUAUUUGAUUUUAUGAGGUGUGAAGACAGUACUGCGGAAAAACAAGAGAAAGAUGAGAUUAGAACUGCUAGUGAUAAAGAGGAUAAACAGCCCUAUGUGAACGCCGUUGGCGAAAAUAUUCAAGGCACAAUAGAAAAUUCCGAUUUACAAACGGAUCUAGAAAAUAGAAAGAAUAUUGAUCAAUUACGGAAUGCGAAAAACCAUAGCAGCCAAGACAUAGCUACAUCACAUUCUGCUGGUCGUGGGAUACCAGAUAUAGACUUUGCACAUCUAAGUGAUACACAGUGUAUCGAUAACAGCUUGUGCAACAGUAUUGCCGGCGAUGUAUCCAACAGACAGUCUAGAGAUGAAGAAAAAGCUCCUUUGUCGCCAGAUAUGGAUAAAAUGCAAUGUUUUAGCCCACCAGACUCGCUUCCACCUUUGCCCAAAUUUACACCUUCCCCCUCCGGGUACCCGUGCCGGACGGGCGUCAACCAGGGUGUAGAGUCAUCAGGUAACGUAUCAGGGCCCCUAUACCUCCCGUCUCCGUCCCAGAUCGACCCUUCAGUAUUAGAGGCCCUCCCUGCGGAUAUAAGGGCAGGCAUCGAAAGACACUACGCUGAAAGGAAUGGUGGACAACCCGGGAACAGUCAAACGAGGUCUCGGCCCAGUUUAGAUAUCACGAAAUCAUCUCCGGAACCUGGCGUCGGUAGGCGGCUUGUUAUUAGGGAACUGCCCUCUCCAUCACAGCUAGAUCCAGAAUGCCUUGCUGCCCUGCCUAAAAAGCUUCAAGACGAGCUGCAACAAGCUUACCGUCGAAGGCCGAUUGCAAAGCGGAUACACUACGAGGGGAUUCCGACAUGUUCUCGGUCCGAUCCCGUAACCGUUGAAGAGGUUCAACCUUUUGAGCUCGGCAACUCGACAGAACAGGUCAUCGAGGAUAAUACUAUCCCUAGUCCUUCUCGAGUGGUUAGUCUCGGAGGGGCGAUCACCCUAGCGGAAGUGAAAGCUACGAUUCGCGAAUGGACUUUGACACCAGGUAGAGAAACUGACCUUAGUAUCAGGCGUUCGGGCCGGCUUCCUGUGAUUGUGCCACUGGAUGAGGACGUGGACGAAGUAUCAAAUUAUCUUCUGCGGUUAAUUGAUGCGCGCAACCUCGAGCUCCUGUGGAAUGUCAUCAAAUACAUGUUGCGAUGCGUUCAACCCCGAGGGAUGGAGGAUUGGAGAGAGGCGUGUCAGGGCAUCAUAGACAAAGUCCAGACGAGUAUCGUAGGGCAAUAUGGCAGCAGACUGCCCAUUGAAAAAGUCGCCCUAUUGAUGUGAUGUACUACUCCAUCCUAUCAUUGUAGCAAAGUUCAGACUAGGGUGUCACAGGCCAUCAGAAUCACCCUGGAAAACGGGUACAUGUGUACUUCAACCAAUUAAUAAUUAUUGAAAUCCGAACAUUUUAGCUUCCGGAUAUUUCGUCCCAGAAAGAGAAGUAAAAUGUCGUACUAACAAUAACCUCAGCAAAUGUUUAUAUUAUAUUCUCCAAACUGUAAAAACUCUGAUGAUAUUUGGUACUGUUGCUGGUUUUCUUUGUACUGCUGUCAUCCUCUUUACUUUCAAGUCAGGUUAAGUCAGGUUCGAUAUCAUCCGUUUUGCCGUCAUUUUUUUUUUUAUGUUUAAAUAGAUGGUUUUACGUCAUGAAAAAGUAGGCGAGUAUUUUCCCUUUUAAUCGGUUUUGGUUGUUCAGGCCCGUGCUUAUGGUACUAAGGCUUAUUUGUCAUCCCACCUUUUCCUAAGUAAUUGCCUCUCCUACACCCUUGGUUAGAUACACAAACGUCAUCUGACUGAUUUCUGAAUUACUUUUUCCAAGAAUCGUUAAAACGUCCAACCCCAACUUCUACACAAACAUGGAAAACACUCAGAUGAAUAAAUCCUUUUUCUCUUUAUUAACCUUUAAUGCAGUGUAUUUGAUAACUAUCAAUUAAAGUAAUAGUUGCACUAUAA